UGCCACGCUAGUCCGAGUCCCAGCACAGCCACUAAUCCAAUUGACUGGAAAGCUUUUGCAAAGCUCAGCUGUUCUGUCAAAGAUCGGACUACAAAUGCAGACGAACAGUCAAUCCCACUGUUAGCAAAGGUCAUUUGUCUAAAGCGGCAAAACGUUGGUCGAUGCCGAGGCCCUUAGAUGAUGUCAUCGUGAUCCCGCCACGGCCACCCGCCGCCGCCAGCGCUACCCCCAAGAAUGAGAUCAGCAUUUUCCUUGUGGGCGAAAAUGGAUUGCUUCAUACCAGGACCUCUCGCCUUCUCCGUCUUCCCUCCCGCAGCAUCCAAUCUUACACAACAACUAGAAACGCGGAUACAAGCAGCGACCCCUGACCACAUCGCCAACGGAUUCGGCCGCAAGUUCCAUCACGCAAGCACAGUCCCUACAAAAACGUAUCACAACAUCAUUUCCGACGCUAUCAAGACAGAAUCCUUCCCUGGCUCGCACCACAUCCUAGCCGACCAAUCAGCCAUGGCCUCAGCAGCACGAUCCCGCCUCCCCCUCGCCAUCGGCGCCCUCACCGUCGUGGGCGGCGGCCUGUGGUGGCAGACGGCGGGCGCGCGGCAGCAGCCCAGGGCCGUCACCGAGCCCAACGGCACGCGCGGCAAGGAGCAGACGCUGCAGCAGAUGGCGGGCACCGGCGGGCGGUCGGCGCGCGGGCGGGACGAGACCCGGCAGGACGACCCCAAGAACACGCGCAUCAUGAGCAGCGCCCCCGACGUGCACAGCAAGAAGAGCCCGGAGAAGGAGAGGAGCGGCUCGUCGUCGCAGGGCGAGGUGCUCGCCAAUACUAGAAGGAGAUAGGCCCGGGGUGAAUGCGGAGGUCCAUAUCAGCUUGGCUGCUAUCCAGUAUUAAUGAUUGAGGAUGUCGCGGCGGAAGCACACAAUCUUGCGGGUGCGUUUAGCAAGAGUUUAUACCUGAGCUCAGCCGCAAAAUGUCUCACCUCCGCCCAUGCCUUGCUGAUACACCUUCCUCGAUCUGUUUGCUAAAUGUCAUUUGGUCAGCCAACAGGCACUGCUAAGCGCCACCUGACGCUUUAAGCGGUGAGUGGCGGGUUAAAGGCACAGUAGAGAAGUGCAGAACAUGUCAGACUGAAAAUGUUAGUGAUGUUUAUGUCCAAGGCAGGGAAACGUACGUACAAAAGACCAGUCCCUCCG